AUGUUACCGCUCCUUUCAUCUUUAACUUCAGAGACUUGUACCCAAAGAAAAACAAGAUAUCCACCAGUUAGCUUCCUCAGACAAAACAACAUGCUUUCCAUUCGAAGCUUCGUGAUUUUCUUCCUGAGUUUUAUUGCUUUUAGGAUGAAUCUAUGCUUCACAGGCAUCCCUUCUUCAUUGAAGAUGCUUUCCAUUGACGGGCAUUUUGAAUUUGAUCAAGUGCAAUUUGCCGCAAGAGAUUUUGGUAAUAGAUAUCAAUUCUUCCCUGCGGCAAUCCUACAUCCAUCAUCAGUUUCUGAUAUCGCCAUGACUAUAAAGCAUAUUUGGAAGAUGGGACCUCGUUCACAGCUCACAGUUGCAGCUAGAGGCCAUGGCCACUCACUUCAUGGCCAAGCACAGGCCCACCAAGGAGUUGUGAUUAACAUGAAAUCACUUCAGGGCCCUCAAAUGCAGGUUCAUACCAGAAACUUCACUUACAUCGAUGUUUCAGGAGGAGAAUUGUGGAUAAAUAUCCUGCACGAGAGCUUGAAAUAUGGAUUAACACCAAAAUCAUGGACAGACUACCUACAUCUAACAGUUGGAGGUACUUUAUCCAAUGCAGGGAUCAGCGGACAGGCAUUUCGGCAUGGCCCUCAGAUCAGCAACGUUCAUCAGUUGGAGAUUGUAACAGGAAAAGGAGAUGUGGUGAACUGUUCAAAAGAACAGAACAGUGACCUCUUUUACAGUGUUCUUGGAGGAUUAGGCCAGUUUGGCAUUAUCACACGAGCGAAAAUUCUGCUUGAACCAGCACCAACAAUGGUAAAAUGGAUAAGAGUGUUGUACUUAGACUUCACUACUUUUUCCAGAGAGCAGGAGCUCUUGAUAUCUGCACAAAAUACAUUCGACUACAUUGAAGGAUUUGUUAUUAUAAACAGAACUGGUCUUUUGAAUAAUUGGAGAUCAUCAUUCAAUCCACAAGAUCCAGUUCAAGCUAGCCAGUUCAAGUCUGAUGGAAAAAUUCUUUACUGCCUAGAAUUGGCAAAAUACUUUCACCACACCGAAGGUAACAUUAUCGAUCAGGAAGUCAUGCGCUUGUUGUCUCAGUUAAGUUAUAUCCCAUCAACACUUUUCAUAUCAGAAGUUACAUAUGUCGAGUUCCUCGAUAGAGUUCAAGUAUCAGCCGUCAAAUUACAGUCAAAAGGCUUGUGGGAAGUCCCACACCCAUGGCUGAAUCUCCUUAUUCCAAAAAGCAAAAUAAAAAAAUUUGCAGAAGGGGUUUUCGGCAAUAUCCUGAAGGAAACAAGCAACGGCCCUGUCCUAAUCUAUCCGGUUAACAAAUCAAAGUGGGACAAUAGAACUUCUGUAAUUAUUCCAGAGGAGGAAAUUUUCUACCUGGUCGCAUUUCUAACCUCUGCAGUUCCCUCUUCUCGAGGAAAUGACAGCUUAGAAUACAUCUUAACUCAAAACAUGAGAAUUCUGGAAUUCUGUAAAACAGCCAAUCUAGGAGUUAAACAAUAUUUGCCACAUUACACCACAAGGAAAGAAUGGCAGGCCCAUUUUGGCCCAAUGUGGGAAACAUAUGUACAGAGAAAAGCAGCUUAUGACCCUUUGGCAAUACUUGCUCCAGGUCAAAGAAUAUUCCAAAAGGCAAAAUCCUUGUCAUGAUGGCGCCCACAUUUGAACUUAACAGCACAAGCCACCAUAAAAUGCAGGAGCCGUCUGCUGGCUGUAGAUUUACUAGUAUAUUCUAAUUCUGCGCCUUCUUUCCCUAGUGUAUAGGUUAACAAGGUAACUGCAGGAUAAUUCAAAUUUUAUUAAAGGUGUCAAAUAAAAUAUGGAUUUAUUAACUAAAUUUGGAAAGUGACGAGGAACAGAGGAAUAAUGAUAGAUGUACUCAUGUAUAUAUCAAUUUUGUAGUAUACAGCAUUUCUAUGAUAAAUCCAUUAAGACACCAUCAAUUAUCAUUUUUUUAUAAGUUAUGGAUAAAAGUUA